CAGGCUUCUCUGGAGUCGCUCUGUUGUUGGGUCCUUGCUCGCAGGGCUUCCUGGUCCACGUAUUAAGAAGAUCACCAAUAUUCUCUUUGACAGAUAAUGACAUUUAACCGUGUUUAUCCAAACGGUAUUUCUCUUUCAUGUUCCCAAGUUAUACCCCGGCGGUAGCUUGGUGACCUGACACAUUUUGAGAUUUGGACGUCGAUUCAAACGGAUACAAAAUGUCUUGGUUUGCUGACUUGGCUGGGAAAGCUGAAGACUUCCUGAAUAAAGUGGACCAGGGAGCUGCCACUGCCCUGACCAACAGCCAGGAAAGAACAUCCUCUUUUUCAUCAUCCUAUGAAAAAGACUCAAUUGUUAAACCUGAAUAUAACACUGCAGGGUACAAGACCCCUGCAGCUGUGAAACAUCAUGUCUAUGCAUCCUUUGAUGAUGCACCCAGCUACGUCUCUGCAGCAGCUAGCAACAUUAAGAGGUCCAGUGCUACCCUGCUGGCUGGUACUGCCAACAUGGCCAGUAUUCCCCCUGGUUCUGGCAGCAGUGCCCCCAACUCUGCCAAGACCUCGUCUAGCUUUGUGAGGCCCAAAAAGAGCGAGCAGGAUGUGGACGAUGACAUGCUCUUUGACUUUCUGAACAGCUCGGACCCUCCAGACAGCAACAGGAGGGAUUCAAGAAGAGAACAUGUAAAAGUGGCGGUUCCAGUUACUGAGGCCCAAAACCCAACACCUCCUCCCUUCACCGCUCCUCAUACCACCUCCUCAGCCCCGUCGACGCCCCCCUCCACCCGGGGUGUGUCCAGGGCCUCAAGCGUGAGCUCACUGUCUGCUCACAGCAUCAAAACAUCAGAGGAGAACUCCGCUAAAGAACAAUGCCAUGACACACCGGAGAGUUCCGACUCAGGCUUGGCUGUCCCUCAAGAGUCCAGCAGGCAGGAGCCUCCUCCUCCACCUCCUCCCACAGAGGAGCCACAGAGCCACAUCCUGUCCAGUCUGCGUCUGGAGAACCAGCUGCUGCGCAGUGAGGUGGCCUCCCUCAACCAGGAGAUGGCUUCAGUCAUCCAGAGGGCAAAAGACUUACAAGAUGAAUUGAACCAGGCUCGUCUACGCGCAGACAGAUGGAACUCGGAGCAGUCUCUGACUGACCGGAUGUUACGGGAACACCGGUCGAAGGUUGAUGACCUAACAGAAGCCCUCUCUGCCAAAGACGGUCAACUUGCAGUCCUGAAAAUUAGACUUGAUGAAGCUGAUCAGAUGCUGACUUCCCGCAGUGCUGCAUUAGAGGAGGCGCAGAAGGAACGGUCAAGAAUUAUGCAAGACCACACAGAAGGGAGCAGCAUGCAGGGCCAAGCUCUUGAAACGAUACAGCAGAGGCUGCGCGAGGCUGAACUGGCCCUCAGGAGGGAACAGGACAACUACCGGCAGAUGCAGAGUGAGUAUGCCGGCCGUCUGUCCAAAGUGGAGGCUGAGAGACAGACCCUCGCAGAGACGGUGACUGCAGCCGAACGGCGAGCUGCAGAGGAGAGGAUCAGGGUCGAGGACCUCCAACCGCAACUUAAAAGUGCCAAAGCUGCAGCUGAGGCUGCCAAACAGGAGUUACAAGACUACAAGCACAAAGCUUCACGCAUCCUACAAUCCAAAGAGAAGUUGAUCAGCAGUCUGAAGGAAGGAUCUGGUCUGGACACUCUGGACGGCAGCGGGGCCAUGGCUCUGGAGCUGGAGGACCUGCGUCACGAGAAGGAACUGCAGAGGGAGGACAUCCAGAAACUACAAGGACAAGUGCACACACUUCGCAUAGAAAUACAGGAUUUGGAGAAUCAGGCACUGACAGAGGCAGAAAGCUGGAGGGAGCAGCAGCUGCAGUUAGAGGAGCAACAGGCCUUACAGAACAGAGCUAAGCAGGAGGCGGAGGCUGAGGUCGAGCGAUACAAACAGGAGCUGCAGUACCUAGAGGAAGAGCAGCAUCGAGCCAAAACCACUCUGCAGAGCAGAAUCAAGGACAGAGAAGAUGAAAUCCAAAAACUCAGGAACCAGUUGACCAACAAGACUCUCAGCAGCAGCAGCCAAACAGAGCUGGAGAAUCGUCUCCACCAGCUGACAGAGACGCUGAUCCAGAAGCAGACGAUGCUGGAGGCUCUGGGCACAGAAAAAAGCUCCCUGGUCUUUCAGCUGGAGCGUCUGGAACAGCAGCUGAAGAACACUCAGGGAGGACAAAGUGGAGGGCCGGCCAUCAACAUGAGCGGUCUGGAGGGACCAGUGACACGACAAAGAAACGCACCAGUUCUUUUCAGUGAUCAGGACAGUCCAGGAGUGUAUGGCAAAGUACGCAAGGCAGCCAGCACCAUUGAUCGUUUCAGCAUUAGACUGGGUAUCUUCUUGAGGCGCUACCCUAUGGCCAGAGUUUUCGUUAUCCUGUACAUAGCGCUGCUGCACCUGUGGGUCAUGAUUGUUCUCCUGACUUACACACCAGAAAUGCACCGUGAUCAUCCUGAUGGAAGAUAGAAGGCUUGAAUUUUAGAGUCAACUCAUGGCCUUCAAUGUAAGAAUGGUACAAGCUGCUGGAAUAUGGACUCUGGGUCCUGACUCUCCCUGUUUUGCACAGAAAUGCUAUGAAUUAAAGACAUUUCCUCUGCUUUAUUUUUUACAACUGAAGAUUGAUAACUGACUGGCUGCAUUGAGUUUUAAAAUAAUGUGAUGAGAGUGUUCUAUUGUAAUGGUGGUCUGCUGAAAGGACAUUAAAUCAAACAUGAUCUCACAUUUGUUCUUCUCAUCAUCUGCUUUUAGAUAUCUGGUCUCUUGAGAGAUUGUAUUUAACACUAUGUAAAAAAAAAAAGAAGUAUCUUUUAAUAAAGAGUUCG